AGGGAACGCGCCCUGGCGCUCCGCGGAAGGCGGAAGGCCGUUCCGGCAGCCAUGGCGUCGAGACGCUAGACGCUCUGGACCGCGGCGGAUUUUUCGCGCGUUCCCGGCGCUUGGAGCCACACCGGACGAUGGGGCUGGGCUGGGAGUGCGCCUUCACCGAACCGGGAACAAGCACCGCCGAGGCCGCCAGCAGCAUCCCUGCGGGAGGAGGCGUCGUAGCAGCAGCAGCAGCAGCAGCAGCAGCAGCAUCGGCGUAAACAACAACAACAGCAGGAGGAGGAGGGUCCCCGGAGGAGGCCCGCCGCCGGCCACAUGAACCACCCGCCUGGACGCCCGCCGCCCCGCCUCGGAGAAAAGGUCAAGCACAUCAUCGCCGCCAGGAUGCUCUGCUGCGGACGCAAAAAGGAAAACCACGAGGGCGACCUGGUGGUGUGCGUCGAAGGCGGCAGCGAGACGUGGGGUCCUCGGGUGGGGGCGGUCAGACCCCGGCUGGCACCGGGAGCCCCCGCUCCCGAAAUGGUUCUGCAGGGGGACUUCCGAAAGGUGAGCGGCAUCUCGAGCGAGGUGUUCCGCCAGAUCGAGGCCGUGGAGCGGGAGUACGACGCCACCACGGCGGCCCACCUGGAGGCCGUGCAGAAGCGCGGCGAGAUGGUGGUGCGCGUGCUCGACCCCCGCUGCCUGGGCCGCGCCGGCGCGCAGGCGGCACGGCGGUACGCGCAAGGCGGCACCGCCUUCGUCGAGAUCGUCAAGCGGCCCGGGCAGACGCUCGGGCUGUACAUCCGGGAGGGAGACGGAGUGCGCACGCAAGAAGGGGUCUUCAUCUCUCGCAUCGCCCUGGAGAGCGCCGUGUACCACUCGGGCCUCCUGCGGGUGGGCGACGAGAUCCUGGCCGUGAACCUGGUGGACGUGCGAAACAUGAGCCUGGACGACGUGGUGAUCAUCAUGUCCAUACCGCGCCGCCUGGUGCUCGCCGUGCGCUCCAAGGGCGCUGGUGGUCCCGGAGGACGUUCGGGGGCACUGCCUCCCGUGCCGCCCAUGGCAGCCGAGAGGCAGCGGCCGCCCGUGGUCAUCGUCAAGAGGGGCGUCCAGGAAGCCGAGGACGACCUGCACAGCGAGAACGGCAUGGGCGGCGGGGGAGGCCUGAUGGAGAACCCCUACUACAGCAGCACGGUGCCGGUGCGGAGGCAACCCCAGCCCCCGCACCGCUACCCCAAGACCCUCGAGAGCCUGGCCGAACAGGUCCACGCCUUCCGGGACAGUCCGCACAUGGAGCGCUCAUCGGCAGCCAGGAAUAGGUACUGGGACGAACACGACCGAGGCAUGUCGUCGCGGCGGCUUCUGCGCACCGAGAGCGAGCAGCGGCUGAUGCAGCCCGAGAUGAUGCAGGGCCCGCACGCGGGCCGGUACUACUCGCUCAGGCCUUCGGCCACGGGCGGUGGCAUGGUCUCGCUGCACCACGUGGCGCACCACCACCACCACCAACAGCAGCAGCAGCAGCAGCAACAGCAUAUGGCCCCCGGCGGCAUCCUGCGGCGGAGGUCGCUCAUGGAGAGCUGCUCGGACACCGAGGUCCAGUCCGGCAGGAGACCGCCCUCGGCCAUGGGCGCCGCCGCCUACAUGGCGCCUCCGACUCACGGGCAACAGCCGCGCACGCUGACAGGCCGCUCCAACUCCCUGCCUCGGGGCGUCGCACUCGGGGUGCUGGACCCGCGUCGGGCGCUGCGUCACGGGGUGCGAUUCGAGCGCGCCGCCUACGACUCGCAAGAGGACAGCGACGGAGCCCUUUCAGCGCCGGAGCUGCCUUCGGGGAGGCCUCGCAGGCCCAAGGUGUCGGCCAGCGGUCCCCUGGCGGGUCCCCUGAUGAGCAGCGGAGGCACGCUGCCCGGCGUUUUCUCAUCGUCCGAGUACCGGGCCUGGAUGCGCCGCGCGCCGUCCACUUCGGCACUGUACGAGCGCGUGGGACGCCUGUCCUCCGCAGCCUCUUCCACCGGCCUCGGCGGCAGGGCGGGGGGCGGAAGCCUGCUGCACCAGCAGCACCCGCAGCUGUCGUCGUCGUCUUCCGGUACGUCAUCGCUGAGGCGGCCCCUGCCCCGGGUCGCCCACAGCGCCGAGAGCCUGCUCGACUCGCUCAGACAGGAGCAGCAACAGCUGCAGCUCCAGCAGCAGCGCAGCAGCCUCCUGUCGGGCCUGCCGGCCUGGGGCUCGAGCAGCCUGGACCUGGGCUCGAGCGUCGGCGGCGGCGGUGGUAGCCUGCGGCCCAUGGGACGCUCUUCGUCGCUGCUUUUCCCGCGGCCGCUUCGGCUGCCGCACGCCCUGAGCCUCGACUACGUGCGCGCCGAGGAUCGAGCCCUGUGUCUCAACCCCAGAGAGUUCCUCAAGUACAGGCCCGAGAAGGAGAGCGAGUCGGUGCUGGCGGGGGCCUUCAGCGGGCUGCUGUGGCUCCACCUGCUUGGCGCCCGCGGACUCAGAGGACACGGGCCCCGCGACCUGUACUGCGUCAUCGAGACGGACCGGGCCCACAAGGCACGCACCGUCGUUCGCUCGGGCGACCACUCCUUCGACUGGGACGAGGUGUUCGAGCUGGACCUGGUGGACAACACGACGGUGUCGUUCCUGCUCUACAGCUGGGACCCGCAGUCGCGCCACAAGCUCUGCUACAAGGGCACCGUACACCUGCUGUCGGCGCUUCGCGAGGCGCCCGCGCACAGCCUCGCCCUGCGCCUGGAGCCGCGCGGGGCGCUCUACCUGAAGAUGCGCUACCGCGACCCGCGCCACACGUUCCAACGGACGCCCAACUACAGCGGCGGCGGCGUGUUCGGCGCGCCGCUCGACGCUCUCGUCUCGCGCGAGAAGGGCACCGUGCCGCUCAUAGUGCACCGCUGUGUGCAACAGGUGGAGAGCCGCGGCCUGGACAUCGUGGGCAUCUACCGCCUGUGCGGGUCCGCCGUACGCAAGCGGAUGCUGCGCGAAGCUAUCGAGCGCAGCUGCGCCGCCAGCGGGCCCCACUGGAAAGUGGACCUCUCCGCGGAUCACGUGCCCGACAUCAAUGUCGUCACCAGUCUUUUGAAGGACUACCUUCGCGAGCUUCCCGAGCCUUUGUUCACCAAGGGCCUGUUCGACAUGCUCGUAGACGGGCUGAGCGUUUGCCUGCCCGACGACCCCGAGGGCAACGCCAAGCUCAUGUUCAGCAUACUCGACUGCCUGCCCAAGGUCAACCGGUGCACCGCCCUGUUCCUGCUGGAUCACCUGAAGCUGGUGAGCAGCCGGAGCGACCGCAACAAGAUGACGUCACGCGCCCUGGCCGAGUGCUUCGGUCCCGUGUGUGUGUGCCACGCCGAGACGGGGUUCCCCGUAUCCGACCUGCGUCGCCCCAUCGAGGUCUUCGCCUACCUGCUCGACAUCUGGCCGCUCAACAGGGCCGCGUUCGUCGCCGCCAGCGGCAGCGACCUGCGCCCCUCCCUGGGCGCCAGCAUCGCCGCGGGCAGCGGCCUGGGCGGAGGCUCGUCGCUUGGGGGCAGCACCUACCUGACCAGCUCGGUGUCCUCGUCGUCGUCGCACUUGGGCGGAUCGCUGGGCGGAGCCGCCAGCGGCCUCUACUCGACGGCCGGCAUCUACACCAGCGGCGUCCACACGGCCGGCGCCGGCAGCUACACCAGCCGCACGAGCGAGCUCGCGGGCGGCGGCUACACAAGCUCGACAUUGGGGUCGAGCAACACGUACUCGAGCUCCGGCGGGAUCGGCAUCUCGGUGCCCAUAACCACAGUGCCGAGCCUGUCGUCGCUGGGCGCGUCCGACAAGCUGACGACCACCGUUACCGCGCCGUCUUCGUCGUCGUCGCCGCCUCGCGACGCGACCGCCAUCACCACCACCGCGUCGUCUACGCUGACCAGAGAACGGCCCGAGCCCCGCGAGCGGUCCGAACACCGCGAGCGGUCCGAACACCGCGAGCGGUCCGAACACCGUGAGCGGUCCGAGCACCGCGAGAGGUCCGAGCACCGCGAGAGAUCCGAGCACAGGGAGCGGCCAGAGCCUCGGGAGCGCUCCAUCAUGGGUGACGUCGGCGGCACGCUCGAGAGAGGAGCGAGCGGGCACCUCCUCAACUCGACGAGGGACAGGGUUUGUGACGUCACGGGCGGUGCCAACCCGUCGGUGAGAGCCGCGGGCUUCGGCGGAGCCAACGGCAUCGGAAACGCCUCCGGGAUCGGACUGAACGGCGGUGGCGGAGCCGGGGCGAACGGAGCGGGAGCGAACGGAGGCCUGGGUCCGUCGAUCUCCUCCGUCGCGUCGCAGGGCUCGGAGUCGAGGCCCGGCGACGCGACGUCGGCGCCCGACAGCAAGCCGUGGCCUAGCCAGAGAUCAUCACUGCCAGAAUCUGCCUGUUGAUCCCGUGCCAUUGUUUCGGUUUCAUUCCCUUCACCCGCGUCCUUUGUUUCAUCCGCGUCUCGCGCCCCAGCCGUCGUAUGCAGGGCACGUGGCACACCGGGAACGGACCGGCAACCGUCACGGUGCGAUUCCUCCCGCGAGCAGUGAAGGCGUCCGAGCUGUAUCGCGCCCCCCUGCAAUCCUGUUUGGCGCUCCUCUGGUCGUCAUUUCCGGCAUCUCGUCGACUGGCGCGUCAUUUCCUCCUCCCGCGGGACGGGCUGUCUUGUUCCGAUCUCCACGUUGGCGCGGUUCGUUUUCGUUCUCUUUGGCCUCCUACACCUCGGUGAGGUGUGCCCAGCUACAGCAAACACACUCCGGGCCACCGUGUUAAAAACGAAAAAAAAAAAAACGCCGAACUGGCGAAAGCGCAAAAGAUGUCGCUCUCAGCACCAAGGGGGCGUCGGGAGUAUGGUCAUCUACCUUAGUCGCGCGAUACGCCUCUCGCCACCUGUCGUGAGGAAGUGGAAGCCCGUCGGACCGGGCACACGACUGGCGAUGCCUGCCGGUCGUUUGCGAUUCGUUAUGUGCGGGGGUGGCGGCCCGAGGCGAGUUCGCUAUAUCGGGGGGCGAUGACGUGGCAACGAGACAACCGCGAGUAUCGCCGCGACGCUAUUCGCCGGAGUCGUGAGUGAGGCGCCUCCGUGGCCACGACGGGAUCCGCAAUACUGCCUAAAGCAUCGCUCUGCAGCGCGCUAUGGUUAAGCGCGACAUCAGUUUCUCCAACGUUUACCGCUUUUGUGAGACGUCCGGGAGGAUGACCUUUCCUCUCCAGUCUACUAAUCAGAAUCGGAGGCCGUUUUCACUGCGGCCUUAAGGAGGUAUGGUUUCGCUUUUAGCAGGUGACUUUACACCCUGUGCGAGACUGUCACAAAACAGAAGGAAACGCACACGGCUAUGCUUCACGUGUCAACGCUCUUUCCUGGCUCCUUGCAAAACUGCAUUAUUACAAGCGCGUUAAAGAGAGAGGGGGGGGGGGAGAUGAUGGGCAGAAAGGAAUGGCAGCAAACGUUACCGCGCUGGCUUCUUCAGAAGCUUCGACCUCGGCAUCACUCGAACCCAUUCACCGCUUUUGCGGUCGCAAUAUUUUUUUUUUCUUCGAAGCCGCCGCAGCCUAUUUUGCAAUUUGAGGCGCACGAGCCACUUUAAACAUGAGAUGCCGCCUCGAUAAAUAUUACCGAUCCCUAUCCGCGGGCUAGCAAAAAUCGGAGGCGCUAGCUAAAACGCGCCUUUACUGUCACUGUAGUGCCCGGUCAACUGAUAAGAAUGCUUCACCGCGUCCCAUGAGCUUCGCAACCUGUAAAACAACGCGUUCAAAAUGAAAAGGAAAAGAAAAGCUAGAAGAAAUGAAGAACCAGCCAACAGCUUAAUAGGAAGUUUUUGUUCGGUUUCUCCGAAUAUACGUCUGCAACGCAGAAAUACUGUCAAUAAUCUGUUAACUUAUUUGAAUAAUAUUUGAUAAAUACUUUAAUUAGUAUAUAAGUUCAAGUGAGAUUUUGGGAGUAUGUUUGUAUUUAGCCUUCCAGAAAUUCUUCACUCCGCGGAAGGAAUGCAUAUGGCAUUGUACGAACUGUAUUAACAUUGUAUUAACAGACCAUUUAAAGUGGACAGUUACAACACACCGACGUGGUAUAUGUAUGCGCAUUGUAUUUCCUUUGUUUUCUCUCGGCAGUUUCUCAGUAGCCUCAUUGACAAAGCACCUGCAUCUUUUAGAUUAAAGGUAAAAUUCAUGAGCAUUGCCCGCUUGCAACUGCCGAAAAGACGUCGCUUGCGGAAUCGCGAGAUAUAUCUACUUUUUUGUAACAUAGUAGGCCAUAUUGUGAUCAACUGGUUACUUAAAAUUUUAUUAAGUCUGCUGUUAUAUUUUUGAAUACAUUCAUCGCACAAGGUGGCAUACAGCCAUGUGCGCCAAACAUUCAAAUGAAUCUGACAUUUUCCUUCAAAUGCAAAAAUUUCGUUCAAGCCGGUUUAGCUGCAGCAAGAAGAGGAUUGUGCGCCAUUGCUGUGGGCGCACUGGUUAAUCGUGAAACUGAGUCAGCGCUGUUUCAGUGUGCCACUUAACAAAAUAGUCUCUGUGUUUCAGACACGUUAACAUACAGAGCAUACACACAUUUACCGAUCAUACAGUUAAUAAUGUCUCGAGCCAAAACGAAAGUGCUAUUCGUUAAACCUAACAUUUCGUGGUCAACUCGUGUCAUAUCUCGUGGGUAAAACGGCGAAUGGCUGAAAUGCACCGAGUUAAGCGUAAAACGUCAUAACUCUACCCAUAAUAUAAAGAUAUGUUAUUAAUAUCUUAUAAAGCAGGCAAGCUUGCAGAACAUUUCAAUAGCAGGCGACAGAAUGGAGAUGGUGAAACGUUUCCCACUGGCUGUCAUGAUCUAUAAUCACGAUCUUAUGGCUUUGAGUCUACAAAAACGUUCGAUUGAACCUGCUGGAGGGAGAGGAUAAAACUCAAUGCCUCGUUUUCAAAGGAAAUAUCGAAGAUCUUGUCAAGAGCACAAGCCUACAGGAAACCUUGAUAACAGUUCAUAGGAGAGAGAGGAUACAAGUGAUGACCGUGCAAUCACGGUCUGUAUAAUGGACGACUUGUCAAGGAGAUAAACCUACAAAAAAUGUUGAUAAAAGCCGGCAGGAGGGAGAUGGUGAAACUCCUAGCCGCCUUAUCAAAAUUUUGCAUAAAGAUCUUGUCAAGGAAACGAGUCUAUAGAAAUUGAUAACACGUAACAGGAGGGAGAGGGUGGUGCUCCUUUCCGUGUUACCAAUUUCUAUGAAGCUUCACUCUGCCGCUAUGCGUCGUUUAGGAAUUUAGGAAGAAGCAGAGUUUGCCCCGAAACGUGGAAUAUAACAAAUUCUAUUUGCUGGAUCGCGACGUCAAUCAACGCCUAAUUAUUCGGUCCAAUCUGACGGCAAUUUUGUAAAAGAUACUCAGAUUCCACGUUUUGAACGCUCAUUGUAGACAACCGAUACUUACGGAGACAGUUGUAUAUGAACGCGAAAUCAGUUUAAACUGAUAUACUGUUCUUUCAAAGCUCUGCUUUUGGUUCAUUUGGCGACAGUAGGUUUUUUACUAGAAGAUAAAACUGGGGCCGGACAUAAUGUCUUCUAAGUGUCGCGCACAAACCACGCGGAGGUACAUCAGCAGGGCGUCACAAAUUUCAAAGUAUUUACUUCGUAUUUACUGGUAUUUGGGCCGCUGUGACGAAGUAAUAGUUCUCAGAACUUGAUACGCUCAGUCCUUUGUUUUAUUUUGUUUCUGGCGUACAAUGCAGUAAUAUAUAUAGUAAUACAAUGCUAAACAGACCAGAGCAGAUGCCAUCAAAAUUCAGGACUUCACGGUGAGAUAGUGUGGGACCUUCAUAAUCUCGUCCAGCCUACCGUGUUCUCGUUUUGCCUCUUUUCUAGCUUAUGAAGGCUUCUCUCACAGGAAGAGUGAGCUUAUUUUUUUCUUUUUAUUGUAGACGCGCAUUUCACAGAUGCAGCUAAGCUUAAUUUCCUCUUCAGAGUCCCUUUAACUUGCCUCAUUUUGCGUGGCUGUGGCAGUCGUCCUCAGCUUCAUGCUUCACGAAAACACGGCUACAACGAUAAAAUGAACCGUAUUACUGGGAUUACGCCAGUGUUCCGGCCUAACCCAUACCGAGACAGCGCGGCACUGAUUAGAACGAAUGACUACUUCGCGCGUACCCUGCACUUUUACGCAUCCGAAGCGGCCAUGUAGUUGUGCGUUGAACCGGCUCGGGCGGAGACGUUACGUAACACGAGCUUCAUUUCACGUGAGACGACUCACCGCGUUCGCUUAUUUUGUUGUUUCGUCGUGUAGCAGUCGCGGAUGAUCAGCAGAAGACCGGAGAGCCUUAUGUGUACGACGGCCACUGUGCCGUACUGACCAUAGCCACGGCGGGAAAAGAAGUGGACGUAAAAAAAGAAGCGCGAGGCGAACUCCGCCGCCGGCAAUAGUACGGUGCAGUGGCUCUUUGCUACGUUAGCAACGCAGCCACCGACUUCGCGCCUCGCCUGUUUCAGUCUCAAAGUGCGGAAACGUUUGUACCUUCAUUUUCGAAUGGCGUGUGAACUGCGGCGAAUUGCGUUUUGCAGAGCCCGAUGGUUGACUGCCGUUUUUUGAACGAAUGUUUUCGGGCCACGGCCGGAGCAGGAUUUCGGUAUAGAGCACACGUGAGUGGCGCCAUGCUUGCGGAUGUUCUCUUUUGUUUUUUGUUCGUUUACUUCGAGUGCGUACAACGGUUGUGACAUUUUAUCUUUGUGAAUGAGUCUGUCAUACGAUGCACUGUAGCACGUUCAGUCGCCCUUGUUUCUCGUCUCUGUGUGCGGUCUCUUCGAUCAACCUUAGCCUCUCGACGUGUACAGCGCCGAAGUGCGAGGCGCUUCCCUCGGCGCUGUGAAAUCGCUGCGCCGUAUGCAAUGCUGUGAGGUGACAUUUAGGCCACGGCCAGACGCCUGGCGGCAUAGCCGACUGCCCGCUAGUCUUGCCGGCGUGUCGUGACAUCUUCAUUGCCGCUUUUGCGUUCGCUUUUGCAGAGCGACUGAUUCCUUGCGUCUGUCGAACAACAGCGUGUUUCAACGUGUUCAGCAGAAGAAGAAAACAUAAUACUGUUCAAACCGUCUCCAUGCUCUAAGCAGGGGGUAAACUCAUCGAUUGGGAAGGGUAUGCUCUUGCGAGAGUUGUUUCUUCAGCGGAAGCAACUGUGGUAGUGCCGAACCGUAGCAGGUAUUUCUUUUCCCCACUGUUUCAGACGCUGGUUGUAAGUUUCGUGAAGGCCGCUAUACAGUCUUUCGUUAUCGGUACACACGCGCGCGCGCUGUUGCGUACGAACUCACUUGGAGGUAAAAGUGGCGCUGCAGUCGCUCAAGAGACGCGGGAAUCAGGGGAAGCUUGGGCUUUUUCUGAAAGGCGUUUCUUCAGCCGGGCGUUUCGCUUCGGAUACGAUUCGUCGGUUUUUGUAUCCGCGGUUCAUUGCCGUUUUCUCAUAAUCUGAUCGUUCGGUGCACUCCGCACGAGUUGCACAAACAUUUUGUAUCCAUUGCGAUGUGACGCACUCUCAGCUAGAGAUACCCUAACGACCUGGUGGCGCUGCCGUCGCUAGUGACACACUGCGGAGCAGACGAACAGAGUUUCCAGGCAAAAAAGACGGUAUGCUCAGAACUAUGAAAUAUUUCACAGAAUUCCCGCUGUCCUUAGCGCCAGCUUUUGUUCAAAAAAUACACCUUGAAGCAGUUAACAAUGUACACCGAUGAUUCCGCUGCAGAAAGGGUGUCUACGCGGCCAUAGUGGCUUCGCCUUGUUCAGCCAUCGGCCGAAGCGAGUCAGUGCUUGUACUUACCGUGAUAACCGUGCGGAUCGAAGCGCCAAUGCUGAAACUCGCCAAGGCACUAGCACCAUAUUUCCCUCUAGGCCAGUUUCCGAAAGUCUAGGAACGCGCCAUGGCCUACGAGAACACGCCAUGGCCUCCGUGGCCGCCAAGUCACCGCGUGUGCGUAUUCCCGCAGGCCACGGGCACAUGCGGGGAAUACUCGACGUCGCUCGGCGUGCGAGAAAAGCGAGUAGCUUCGUCCUUUACUUUCGGUGCAUUAUUCUCGCAUUCAUCGAUCGAUAAAUUCUUGCUCGUUGAAUGAGUGACGACAGCCACAGAUGACGAGCCAGACUCAGCGGAGUACUGACACCAAAAUUGUUACUCGUCUUUUUUUCUUCUUUGCGUUAAGUAAAGCCUGGUGACAUCUAAGCCCUACAAAAAAGCACUGGCAAACGCCAGAGCGUCGUAAACAAUUUACAAAAUCACUUGCUUUUACGAUGUAGGUUUGGUUUUGGUACCCGGGCAAGCGGGUGCGGUAUGACGUCUUGAUACACUGGCUCGCUCUGCUCGUGCAGUCGUUGGGGCUGCCACGCACAAGCGCAGUAGCAGCAGCAACAACAACAACAACAAUAAAAAGAAGAAACGUGCGCAGCACUUCAUUAUUACUUUCUUUUGCGAGCAACGUCAUUCGUAACCUAGCUUUAUCGCUACGUGACGCCAAGAAAUUUUCGUCUGUGUCAUGACGUCACCAUAACGUACAUCAAGCCAGCCCCGGCAUUUCGAGACCAAAACUUUGGCCCGAAAUAAGAAUAUGUUUCCCAAAAGAUUCACACUUGCCAAGUGUAACCCUCUGACACGCGAAAAGCGUUAGGUACAGAGCUUUUCCAAGUUCACAUAACGCGUGUCAGUACUCCUUCGAUAAAAUGACCGACUGCUUCAACUUGCAGGGUCAAAGAGGCAGCAGCAGUGAGAGAGGAACUCACUAAAUAUUCAUAUAUGACGGCGCGGGAAAACCACAAGCCAGACCUCUUUUAUCUUGCUACCAGCUCUGAUGGUUACGGCUACACUUUCAAUCGAGCAAAGCUUGCAUGUCUUUUUGUUUUUUUUUAUACAAUAGUGUUCCUUGAUCCGCCUCCACGGUAGCGUGCGCUUGACCACCUGUCAAUCAUGUUUUUUCCCCCCUCCGAGCGACGGUACUAACUGGCCCUUCGGGUCGCGAGCGGGGCUGCAAUACUAUCUGGCAUUCGAUUUCGCCCAAUCUAGUUCGAUCGUUGCCUUGCCAGCUCGCACUCUGGCAACUUCACUCGGAGCCAGGCGUAAAGCGGCUCGAGAAACGGUGUUAUCUACUACGUGCACUGCGUGUGUAAGUAUAGUGCACGUUUGAUGUAAGGCCCUCUCCCCCGAUUCCCGACAUUCCCCCCACGCGCUGUUCCCCAGUAGUGAAGCAAAUCUACCAUAGGCCACUUCGAACUCGGUAUGCAUUGUGUGGUGGGAAACUGUAUCAUCGGACCUUGCACAUGUAAACGGUUGUCGUGCGAAAAUGAAAUAUAUAUGUACAUAUAUUUUCGGGCGGACUCGCGCGCGCGAGCACAUUUAAGACGAAUGCCUAAAGUUGGCUUUACCCCACGAAGACUCUUACUGCGGCGAAAGCAACGGCUCUGACGUGCGCCUUGUUGACGUGGCACGCUUCAAGUGCGCGCGACAAGUUUUGACGAACUGAGCUCCUUGCAAAUCCAGGCACCAAUUUCGACAGUUACCCGCGCGCUCGUCAUUUCGAACUGGCACGUCAGUCAGGGUUCGCAAGUCUACAUUGUCCCGCGACACCCGUCUACCUGUGCGAGGUUCAGCCUGUACGACUAAUGAUGACACUUCGCAUGAAGGUUUCUCUACAUUUCGUUGUACGCGAGGUAAGGUUUUCAUCUAGUGGCGUUAGCUGUUGCACGCAAAUAGGCUUUUCGUUCCCGCGAUAGUUGUAUAAAUUGCGUUCUACGGCAGAUGUUUUUUUUUUCCCUCUUUCGUCAAAUUAAUUACGUUCGCGAAUAGAACGGUUACAGAAUUUAAAGUAACAAGAAUAAUAAAGAAACAAUGUUGGGGAGGGGAAUGUUUUAUACGUAUACACGUCGCGUUUUUUGAGUGAGUUUGGUGGGAGGUGGUUGGUUGGGUGAAAGUCCUUUUUUCAUACGUUCCUUCUUUUUUUUUUUUGCUCUAUGCCUGUCUGUCUGUACGUCUGUCUGUCUGACUGUCUAUAUCUUUUAUAAAAGUUCUUUUCCUCGUGGUGUGAAUGAGUUUGGGGUCGUUGUGUCACUUGGGUAAAACAAAACGCGAGAGUUUCGCGCGCGGCUCGUGUGAGUAGCGAACGUGUAUUUUUGACGCACUAGACAAGACGUGUUCGACUUGCUGCACUGAAUGUUCGAUAACGUUUUUCUCACUACUUUGGCUCGUAUUGUUUCGUUAGGUGAAUCUGUUUCCCAUACGCUCCUACCUAUUUACCCCUUUCCCUCUACCCCAAGGAAAGUUGUUAGAGAUAAUAUAUAAAUAUUAUAUAUAUAAUAUAUAUAUAUAAAGACCCCUUUUUUAUUGUGGCAAUGUGAAUUUUUGUAUUCGCGCCGCUGUACCGUCAAGCGCCUCUGAAAAAAAAAGAAAGGGCGUUGGACGGGCGCUUUCAUGCUGUUUUGAGUCCGAGGCAAUGUAUUUCCUGUGCAAUGACGACGAGUGUGGGCCGCAAGGCUGAAGCGUGUUAUGUAAUUUACUCACAUUCCUCGAGCGAAUGUUGUUGACGAGUGCGAACACCGACAUAGAGUCGCGUGGAUGCCGCGCGGAAGGCGGAGAAGGGCGGCCGGUGAAAGACAGUAAUAACAAAUCUCCAAUCUGGUCCUCUCCGAGACAUUCCUAAUCAUUAGCGUGGAGUGUAUACCUGUUUGACUGAUCGCAAGGAAUAAUAAAUGAGUUUGAAAAUGA